GAGACUGAGGAACUGCAGUGACAUCUCUGCUCAGUCUCCUGUGCCCAGGACAGAGGCAGCUCCCUGGGAUCCAGGCCUGUCCCAGCCAGAACUGGGCUGCUGGGGAGAGUGAGAAAUUAUUCCAGCCUCCCCCAGGGCUGAGCUCUGCCCCUCAGCUCUGAUUCUCUCUCUUCAGCGAGUGUGACUCUGGAUCCAGACACGGCUCAUCCCCAACUCGUCCUGUCUGAGGAUCGGAAAAGUGAAAAAAUCCAGACCCAAUUGAAGACUCUGAGGGAAGAGAGAGAAAAGCUGAUGGGAUUUAAAGUGAUUGGAGAGGGGAAAAGCCGGGAGUAUCUGAAACAAACAAAAGCUGAGAGGCAGAAGGUUGUAUCUGAAUUUCAGCAACUGCGGCAGCUCCUGGAGGAACAAGAACGACUCCUGCUGGCCCAGCUGGAAAAGCUGGACGAGGAGAUUGUGAGGAUCCAGAAUGAAAAUGUCAGUAACCUCUCCAAGCAGAUUUCCCAUCUCAGCGAGCUGAUCAGUGAGAUGGAUGGGAAAUGUCAGAAGCCAGCAAGUGCAUUCCUGCAGGAUGUCAGAAGCACCUUGAGCAGGUACCUGACUCUCUCUCACUCCCCCUCACACUUCACAAUGCUGGGAAAGAGUUUGAUGGUGAUGUUAGCACCACAUCUCCCCAGGGCUCUACAACAAAAUGUGUGGGGAAGGUCACAUUCUAGUUACAAAUCUCUCUGAUCAACCUCAUCCUGAGGUUCUCACCCUUGCACAGAAGACUCUGGAAUUUUCCAUUCAGUGGGAAGAACUGACUUAAAGUAUUCCCCAGAGAUGUCACCUCCCUGCAGGACUGGCUGCCUCAGGAUAGUGGGGAUGAAAUAUGGGCCUUUCACUGCUGGGGCCCUGGUUACCAUUCAGGCCAGGGCAGCUGUGGUCAAGAGUCUUUCUCACCUGAGGACUGUUUGGAGACCUAUGUAGACUGAGCUGGGGAGGGAGAAGUUGGUGUCUCAGUCUAGUUCCUAGGGGACAGAUUUCUCCAGCUGGGAGAAGUCAAGAAAUUCUAACUCCAGGCCCAUUAGAGCAGCAACUCACUAGUAAGCACUUAUAAUGAGUCACU